GAUCAGAUCGCCAUAUUGCGUUUAUCAAACAAAAGACAGACGUCUGAAUCAUUAUCCAUUUCCGCGUUGUCCGAGACUUUUCCUUUAAGAAAACUCAUUAAACCUGCAGAGAAAAGAGUACUCAAAUGGCACAAAGUCCAACAAGCGGAGCCGUGAAGGCUCUACAGUUAGAAUUGAAGAAAAUAGUGAGCGAGCCAGUCGAGGGAUUUCGGGUAAAAUUGUUGGACGAUGAAAAUCUCUUCGAGUGGGAAGUUGCCAUUUUUGGGCCUCCAGGAACCCUGUAUGAGGGUGGCUACUUUAAGGCCCUGAUGAAGUUUCCACCCGACUACCCAUACUCCCCACCCAGUGUCAAGUUUCUCACCAAGAUGUGGCACCCAAAUGUUUACGAAAAUGGCGAUGUGUGCAUCUCAAUUCUCCAUCCCCCUGUGGAUGACCCGCAGAGUGGAGAGGAGCCAUCAGAACGCUGGAACCCCACACAGAAUGUCAGGACAAUUUUGCUCAGUAUAAUCUCAUUGCUAAACGAGCCAAACACAUCUUCCCCGGCGAACGUGGAUGCUUCCGUUAUGUACAGGAAGUGGAAGGAUUCUCGUGGAAAGGACAAGGAAUACGAGACCAUUAUCAGGAAGCAAGUGCUUGGUACAAAGGAGGAGGCUGACAAGGAUGGAGUCAAGGUUCCCCUCACCCUCCAGGAGUACUGCGUCACCACCGGGCCAAAACAUGAGCCCAAUGACAUUGACUUCUGUGACUAUGACUACGGCGAUGAUUGUGAUGAUGACGAUGAUGAUGAUGAAAUGUAUUACGAUGAUGACGAUGACUCCGGAAAUGAGGAGUCAUGAUCCAGGAUCUUUUCUUUCACCUUUCCAUUAAUCAUCUGUUAAUAGAGCAUUCAUUGUGGGAUAAAUGUGUUGUUUUAAAUGUUUCUCCGACACACAAGAAUGGCCACACUUGGUUGGUUGAAUGAAAUGAGAACAAAGUUGAAUUGAAUGCUUUACUGCCAGCGCAGCAUCACCAGAUGUAAAUGUGCAACUGCUUCAUUUUCAUUCAUUUGAGUAACAUUGCUGUGCAUAGCUCACAAUGUUUUGCAAAGGAAUUGAAUUAUCGGUAAACAUGUUCAGCUAAGAUUUUUGUCAUCUUAGCUCUAAGUUCUUGUUGUGUACCUCACACUUUUCUCCAUGUGAGCACUGCAUUUUCUUACAGUUUAGAAUUGAGGUAAGCUACCAGUACAAUUACAAGGGUUUCAAUUCAAUUAUCAAAAUGGAUUGAGGUGGCAUCAGUGUGGUGUUGUUCAGUACAAUUUAUUGUUUUGUUUUUAAUUUAUCUAGAUUUAUUAUUUUUGUGCUACAGAUGAAUGUUAAGUAAUUGAUAUUUCUCUGUUAUUGAUGUUAAUGUAUAUUUCAAAAGGAGAAUGUUCCUUGUAAAGCUUUUAAAAAAAACCCACAAGAAACUGGUUGUUUAAAAAUCAAACUCAUUACAAAAAUGAUUACUUAAACUUGUUUAAAGCUUGUCUUAUAACUGCAAGCAGUACAUCUUGCACAAAAUCUGUUGUUAGAAAUCGAAAUAGUGUAUUAUCAAAAUAUAAUUAAAUAUGUUAUUAAAAGUCUUCAAACUACAUAACCAAGUAAAGGUUAUAUAAUAAAAAAUAAAAACUCCUACUUCAAUUGAUCCGGGAAGGCCAUAUUCGACUCUCAUGGAUUUUUGCAGAUUUUUAUCUGAAAUAAAUCAAUGGAACUCGAAUAUAACCUUUAAGAUCAAAAUUCAGUUCCAAUAAACCUUUUACAUCUCUAUCUCUUCUGUAUCUCUCCAUUUAUAACUGUUUUUUGCAAUAAUGUGUCAUGUUCAGACAUUUUGAUUGAUAUAGCCAAUAACUGUUAUUCUUAGAAAAUUCCUUUUUUAACCCAGUAAAGUAGAUAUAAUAAAAGGUACAACAUUUUGAUCCUGGAGACCAUAAUUGUUGAACUCUCAUGGAUUUUAAUUUGAAAAAAGAACAAAACUUGGUCGGAUAUAAUCUCCCCGAUCAAAAUGUAGUACCAAUAAACCUUUUACAUCUCUUUUGCAACUUGACUGAAAGUUGUUUUUAUUUAUCAGUUUUGCAAUGAUCCUCAAUGUACAGGACAUUUUUAUUGUUAUAGCCAAUUCUGUUAAAAAAAUAUUAAGUCAAAUUUUGUAAAUAAAGUAAUAUUUUAAGUAAUGAAAAGUUUAUUUCUUUGUAUAAGCACUUACAAUUCCAUGUUUUAGUUUGAUUCUGUUCUGUGUACAUUUUGUGACUGAUUAAUUAUUUAGAUAUAUUUAUUUGUAUAGACUUGUUUGUGUGUGUUGUAUCCUGAAUGCCAACCAUACUCCUUUCUUCAAGAAAAUGAAUGAUAAUAGAACAUAUUUAAACUGCCCAAUUUUUCAUAUUAUUUAAUACUCGAUACAAGGAUGUUCACUAUAUUGUGAAAUGCAAGCCAAAGGCACAAUCAUGUUCUGCAUAUUCUAAGACAGGGACAGGUUUAUUAAAAGUCUGUUUAGUGCUGAAAAAAACUUGAGGGUUAACUAAACAGUGUUUGUCCUGCUGGGCAUCAUACCACCAACUUUAGACAGGAUUUUUUUCUCUGGGAUCCAUGCACUAGUUACAGUCUUACAGUUCUUGAACUUUCAUUAUAGCCCCCAAUUGUACAAAUUUCUCAGCAAAAGAUAGACUUUCAUUUUUAUUACCGUAUUUUCUCGACUAUAAGGCGAUUCGCUUAUAAGACGGCCCCCUAACUUUGCCCAUGAAAUCUGGUGCUUUUUGUUUCGACUCGCUUAUAAGACGGGGUCAAUUUUUAAGCAAAUCUAAAAUGCUAAAAUUCUUCCUAAUGUGUAAAAAUGUUCAAGCUCAACGGACAAUUAUCGACUUUCGCGGUAACUGUUUUUGUUUUACUCAAAGAAAAUGGCGGUUAACUGUGAGCUCUCUAUUUGGAGGUAGGUUAAAAAUGAGUACAUAAGUUUGCAGGACAGGUCGUUACUUAUCGGAAUUGUAAUAAUUCAUCAAUAACAACAUAUGUAUGUUUUAGGUUUUUUUUAUUGAAGACACUAAUGAAGUUCUUCGGCAAAUUAAAUGGCUUCAAUAACAAAACUGCGAAAAGCCGAGGCAUGAAUAGGUGUUUGUUUAGCAAUAAUGCUUUAGGCAAUAUUGUCCCUUGAUUGGCGACGAACAUAAAGGAUUCAUAUUCGCAUUGUCAUUUGUUUGCUUAAUCAAACUGACAGUUUGGUACCUACAUCAUAUUAAGAUUCCAAUUUAUUGAUUUGAUAUAUCUGUCAAACUAAUUAUACUGACACGCGCCAUAAGAAAAAAUGCAGAUAUAACGGUACACUGUGUGACGUCAGAGCACGCGCGGUGAAGAGAUUUCGUGUUGUUGUUUACUUAAUUGCCCCAUACUUGUAUCAGCAGACGAUAUACUGGAUAGACGAAUAUCCUAUGUAAAAUUUUACUGAUUUUGACAUGAAUCUUUUUUUAAUAUUUUAUUGACCCGCUUAUAAGACGGGUCCCCUACUUUGGGGGUAAAAAUCGGGACCCAAUUUCCCCGUCUUAUAGUCGAGAAAAUACGGUACAGUAUUUAUCCAUUAUUUUGACUGUAUGAUCUCAUUAACAGCCAUCUGGAUUUUUUAUUAGGAUGUUACCUGUAUCCAGUCAUACAUGACAAUAGGAGACCAGGAAGUAAAUUGUAUUACUGUUUGUAAACUCUGUUAUUGUUACCACUUCAUAAAGACAUGACCGUGUGUUUGAACUAGAAUUGUUAGAAUGUGGUAAAAAUUUUGCGAAUGUAAAUGUAUAUAAAAUGCAAUUUUUAUCACUCUCAGAUUUAACAUUGUUGUCAUAUUAAUUUUGUGCAGAUUUCCACAGAAAAUUUUAAUAAAUAUGUAAAACAAGU